UUAUAGUUUUAUUAAAAAACUGUAAAUUUCCAUGAAUUGCAAUGGUUAAUAAAAAAGAAGAAAAUUGUAGGUUCUGCCUACGAAUGCUUCGAUUAGUGGAUGAAUGUGAUUAUGUGCUGUUGGAAGAAAUUCAUAGAGAAAUAUUAGAUGUUCUUCGAAUAAACCUUAAUAUCAGUAAAUGUACCCAAGCUGUCAUUUGCAAUGACUGCUCGAAAAAUCUUCUUGAAUCCUUUUCUUUCAAAACAGUAUGCUUGUAUACAGAAGAUAAAAUAACACCGUCUAUCAGCAACCAAAAUAGUGACAAAUUAGAUAUGUCGGUGCUUUUCUGCAAGAUGAACAAUAUUCAAGAAAACAUAACAUUGAGACGCAAAAAGAUAUGCCGAUUUUGUAUGAAAAUAAUUGAAAAACUUUCAUUCUUCUCUUUGAAAGAUAUAGGCACGUCGAAUUUAAGAAUGUUACAAAAAUAUAUGCCGGAAAUGGAUCUGGAGGCAGUCGAAGAUCCCAUAAUAUGUGAAGCCUGUUUUUAUUGUCUUAAAGACUAUUUUAACUUUGCUAACAGUUGCUUAGACACUGCAGAAAAAUCUUUAAUUUUCGAAGGGACAGAAUCACCUAAUUUGGAGAAUAAUGACAGCAGUAACAAGAGUGACACGAUUCAUGACAACGUCUUUGAAGUGGGUAACAAAGGGACGAGUGUUACUACUAACGAGGAUAAUGUAAUUGCAAAGAAAAAACAAAACAAAACGGACUGCGAUUCGGAAAAUGAACGGAAGAAGAGUAACAAGAAGAAUAAGAAACAAACUUUGUUCAAAUGUAAAAAGUGCAAUUUCAAAACCUUAUGGAGCAGCGCCCUCCACACACAUUCCUUAUUGCACAAGGAUAAAGCGGACAUUCGUAUGUACAAAUGUGAAUAUUGUCCAUUCGAAACAAUGUACAAGCAACACAUUGGGCCACACAAACAACGACAUGAAGAUGUCUCUUUCUUCGUAGCUGCACACAAGUGUGAAAUCUGCGACUUUAGGGCAAACACGGAGAAAUCGCUAAAAAUUCACAUGAUUAAUCACAAAAAAAAACAGUCAAACUUUCUUGAGUGCAACUAUUGUCCGUUUAAAACGAAACACGAAGGGUCGCUGAAGCAACAUAUAGUGAAUCACAAGGACGUUCCGCUACUGAAGUGUCCGCUAUGCACCUUCAAAACAAAGCAUAGACGCAUCUUAAAUGCCCACAAACUAACCCACAACAAAGAUAAGACGUUCGCUUGUGGCCAAUGCAAAUUUCGAACCUCGCAGAAAGCUUACCUUGUCCUACAUAUCCGACGACUUCACCUCCACCCAAUGUCCGGUAAAAGUUACAGUUGCGACCUGUGCGCAUUUAAGACGGUAAAUAAAGUAAAUCUAAGAAAACACCAAGUAAUUCAUCGACAACCAACACGUACGUUUAAAUGCGACAAAUGCAUUUUCGUAAGUCGAUACAAAACUUGUGUGGCAAGACAUACAAUUCUCGUUCAUGGUACGUCGGAAAUCCAGCAAUAUAAAUGCGAUUCCUGUCAGUUUAUAACAAAACAUAAAAGCAGCUUGACGGGCCACUUGCUGCGAAAGCACGGAAACGAGAAUAGACAGGUGUAUAAAUGUCCCACAUGCGACUAUACAUCGCAUUCUAUGGGUACAGUUAGAAAACACCAAUUGAAACACGUCGACCCGUCGGAAUUGGAGACUUUCGAGUGUUAUGACUGCGGUUUUCGGACCAUCCACAAGUUAGUAUUGAAAAACCAUGUAGUUUUACACAUGAAUGUUUUCUAUAAAUGCGACUGUUGUGAUUAUCAAACUAAGCACAAGAGAAACUUGUCCGGUCAUUACAGGCUACUACAUAAUAAAAAAUUCGAUCACAAAAACUUUUUGCCUGUAAAGUCUUGAAUAGUUCAAUUAAACACUUUUUGUAGAUGGA